AUGCCCAGAAGAUAUAACCACGUGGAUGGCAACCAUUUCAGAGGGAAAGGACACAACUAUUUUGCAGCAGAAGAAGCUCUGGGUAUUGGACUUUUCAUUUUGGUGCUGGCAAUUUUACUUGCCUUUGGCUGCUGGUAUUACAAAAGACGUAGUGGCUACAGAAGUCUGCGGAGCAAAAGCUCUAGUAUGAGCACAAUACGAAAUGUGGUAGGUGAGGGAGAAAUACUGGACUGCAAAAUGGCUCUGCAGGACUACAGAGACUUUAAUUCUGUGGUACCUGAUGCUCCACCAGCUUAUGACAAAAUUGCUGCAGAUCCAUCACCACCACCUUAUUCACCAUGA